AUGUACGAAGAGCGUGACGUAAAUUUUAAAUAUCUAUCUCUAUCACAUUACUUUGUAAACUCGGCGAAAUACUCUGACGAAAAUCUUCAGCUUCUUACUCGGCCACCGUAUAAAACUUGGCUUCCUCCCAUUGAUCUAGUACACCCAGGUACUCGGUUGAGCAAAUCACGUUCCCGUAGAGAUGAUCAACCUCCACGCCCUCAAAACAGUUUCAUUAUUUUCAAGAAAGACUUUGAUGCUAGAAGGCGGUGUAUACUCAGUGAUACCAAAGUCGAUAGUAAAGUUAUGUGCAAACUUGCUGCAUGCAUAUGGCAUUCAGAUGAGGGCUUAAAAAAGUACUUUAAUCUGUUGGCCAAACUUGCCUCGCAAAUUCAUAAAGAUUUAUAUCCAGACCGUAUGAAAGCAAAGCGAAAAGAUGUCGUUCGAAACGGUGAAAUUGCUUCGGGAGCCGAUGACUUUACGAAAACUAGUACAAUUGGGACGGGAUGUGAUACUAGUGCGCAGGCUUUUGUCAAUAAAAAAUUAUGA